AUGUCACAACCGAUAUACAGUCAGGUCGCACCGAAACAGAUAAAGAAAAAACCUAAACCCCGGGAUUUUGAUCCCUUAAAUUACAAUCAUGGAGGAAAUGUUCAAAUUCUAAAUGCGUCGCAGGAGAGUAGACUGGAGAAGAUGGAGAAAAGAGAGGGUAGGAGAAAAGAAGAGACUAGGAGGAGAACGCAAAGGGAUCCUACCGAGGGAAAGGUGGAGGCUUAUUUACGUCAGAAUCAAGUCAGUAUACGACAACAACAGCAUCGGCAUUCCGCGGUGCGGCAGGCGGAACAUAGAGUUAACUUGAGAUCUCUACCUCUCAACGAAGUGACCACUCGUGGACACGAUCGAACGCCGACUGACAGACAUCGUGGCUUUAUUGAUAGGAGAGAGCGAGAUAGGGACAAGGAGAAAGAACGGGAUUUUGAUUUUGAUGGUGGUACACCGCUAAGCCCGAUAGCGCCGCGGGCGGAAAAGGAUUCUAGUCGUCCCGUUCGCAAGUCCUCAUCAUCGCAGCGUGUGAGCGAGACGUCUAUAUCAACAGACAAAAGACGUUUCUUCUGUAGAGAGUGGGUUUUUCAAAAGAUAGCGUAUUGUCUGGAACAAAGGGCAGUUAGUAAGACGUGUGGAGCGUUGAUUCUAGGUGACGCCGGAAGCGGCAAGACGGCGAUAUGUCAAGAGUUAAGUCAACCAGGUCCAGGGCCGCAGGCGAGGCAACAACGCGCAUUGAAUAGAAGACUUUUGGCUAGACAUUUUUUACAGGCACCCGGUGAAGAAAUACAGCGCCCUGGCGAAUUUGUUCGUUCACUUGCGAUGCAAAUACUCAGUCAUUCGUCACACGCGAAACAAUCCGAUAGGGAUCAGUCGCCUAAAGAUGAUCAGCGUAUGUUGAAUAACAGGCAUAAUUCAGAAGAAAAUUUAAUACAAAGAUUUCGAGAGAUGGGCGAAGACACGGAGGAUAGUUCUAAACCACUUUUGGGGGAUAGUGAAGAUCGUACUGACGAUGAUGACGUGGGCAGCAGUCGGAGGAAUAAGACCAUAGAUAGACUGCACGAGCAAGACUCUUAUAUGGAUUGUAUGGCGGAUGGAAAUGAUGUACCAGAAGUUUUACCGAAAUCAAACAUAAAACCAACGAACCCCUUCCACGACGACGACUUUCGACUCUACGCGAACCACGAAAACGUGUUCCUCAGAAAUAUAUCGCAGAGACAGUCGAAGGAGUCCCGAAAUUCUCGCCUCUUACGCCAAAGUUCCGAGCCGUUGAACGAGAAGAAACCAACGCUGCUUCAAAAGAGCCUGUCUACGGACACCGAAGAGAAGAAACCGGAUUCACCACCGAAAUCGAGAAUACCGGUCGCGAACUUCCGUUAUCCGAAUAAAACGGAUCUGAAACCGGAGUCGCCGAAGAAGACGGAGGAAUUGCCGGAGUAUACCAAUAUAGUGCACCCUGUUAAGGAUGAUCCACAGACGGAUUUGGAGAAGUUGUUAGAGAAAAAGCGUUCACAAGCAGAAGAAGCUCCGCCCCCAAUUCCCACGCUACCAAUAAGUCCACGGACAUUAAUAUCAAACGCCUAUUACGACAAACUGCUGUCGGACUGUGAGAUACAACAGGCGUUGUUGCCUCAGAAUUUAGAGAAAAAUCCCGAUGAGUGCUUCAAAAAGGCUAUACUAUUUCCGUUGCUGGAAAUUGACCCUCCGAAACAGUGUUUGUUUUUGCUCGUGGACGGUAUCGAUGAAGGGGGUAAUGGAAAAUCGGAGGAUGAAUGUAGCGUGGGAGCAUUAUUAUCGCGACACCAACACUUGUUGCCACAUUGGCUUUUAUUGGUCGCAACUGCGAGACGACACUCUCGGCAUCUCACUAAGAUGUUCACAGGUUUUCGCAAGAUAACUUUAGAUGAACUUCAGCGUGCACACGUCUCCGCUGACGUACAACGGUACGUGCUCGCGCGACUGGACAGCGAGCCAAGAUUACGAAGCCGCGUGUCUAGUGAUUCAACGGCAGCUGCUGCGGCAGCGGCGGCUCUUGACCAUCUCAGGAUCAAGAGCGACGGUUGCCUUUUGUACUUGGAGAAGGUACUAGAUGGCGUUGCUGACGGUUUCAUAGCUUUGCGCGAAAUAAGGGAAAUUCCUGGAACCCUAAAUGGAUUGUAUCUAUGGCUGGCGCAGAGAUUGUUUCACGGUCGGAGGUUUACUAAGGUACGAAUGCUUCUCGACGUGUUAUUAGCAGCACGUUGCGGCGUCACGGAAGAGAUGUUAUACAAAUGCCUUCUUACAAAGGAGUACAGUGUCACAAGAGAGGACUUCAAUCGAAGGCUGCAUCUCUUGCGACGAAUCCUGGUAAUGGAGCGUGCAACGGGCUAUCUAUCAAUAUUUCAUCAUUCGUUCGCGUCAUGGCUGUUGGAUGUAAAGCAUUGCACGCGACGUUACUUGUGCUGCGUCGCGGACGGACACGCGGCGGUCGCUAUGUAUUAUACUCUACUUGCUAAAAGACUGACCGCUCUUGAAAUCCACAAUUACGUUUAUCACAUGACCUACCUCGAACAACAUCUAUCGUCGCAGAAGAAAAAUAAGAACAACGAAGAUGAUGUAUUAAACCUUCACACACUAAUAUUGCUGUGGAUUCUGGACUCUGGCUGUGAUGUGGAACUGGCUUUGAAGAGAGAGACAGAUCUAGUCCGGGAAAUGGAGACGGAUGUACAGAAUGACUCGAAGGCAGAAGAUAAAGAUUUAGAUCCAGAAUCUGAGAGCAAGGAAUCUGUGUCAAUGGAACCGUCCACCCUAGAAAGCAUAAUGCCUGAGCUGGUGAAUGGAGAGAUGACGACUCCAUGGCCGAGGGACAGAAGGGUUCUACGCGCUUUGUUGGAACUCAGCCGGGCUGACUCAGUACCCACAGAACCAGAAGUCGAUGAAUUAAAUGAUUUGAUGUCAACAGACCAAGUCGAAAGUGAGGACGUAAAUGACGCAACGGGUGAUGAGCAAGACGAAACAUUGUUACUAGACCCCAGCACAGUACACGAGUUGGCUACUAAGGGUGAUGAUGAAACGCUGUCUGCGCUUUUAAAGCGAUGCCCACAACUAGCAGACACGCGCGAUAGUUCGGGAAGUACAGCUUUGCACUCGGCAGCGCGUAAUGGCCGAGUCGCUUGUGCUGCCCUGCUACUGCAAGCUGGAGCCUCUCCAUCCGCUGCUGAUGCAGAUGGCUGGAGUGUGCUAAGAGCUGCUGCUUGGGCGGGACAUAGCGAGGUGGUCGAUGUUUUGUUAGAACACGGCUGUGAUGUGGAUUGUGUGGAUGCUGAUAAUAGAACUGCUCUGCGUGCUGCAGCAUGGUCAGGUCAUGAAGCAGUAGUCGCUCGCCUUUUAGUCGGCGGUGCGGCGCCGGAUAGAGCGGAUGCGUCCGGUCGAACAGCGCUUAUGGCUGCAGCAUAUAUGGGACAUGCAGAUAUAGUAAAAAUGCUGUUGGAUGCUGGUGCCGAUCCUAAUAGACCUGAUGAGGAUGGUAGAACAUCUCUAGCGGUAGCGGCAUUGUGUGGUACAGGGGCUUCUUCCGCAGCGUUGCUGAUAGAACGCGGCGCAGACGUCAAUACGCCCGAUAGAGAUAAGGCCACGCCCCUAUUGGUCGCUGCUUUUGAGGGACACACUGAAAUCUGCGAAGUCCUUCUCGAAGCGGAAUCGGAUAUAGAAGCCACAGACUGUGCGGGCCGCACUGCGUUAUGGGCAGCUGCCUCAGCGGGACACGCAGACACAGUACGGCUUCUGCUGUUCUGGGGUGCCUGUGUUGAUAAUAUGGAUAACGAGGGAAGGACAGUUCUGAGUACAGCUGCUGCACAGGGUAACGUGGAAGUAGUCCGUCAGUUGCUAGACAGAGGUUUGGAUGAACAUCACAGAGAUAAUUCUGGGUGGACACCUCUGCAUUAUGCUGCUUUUGAAGGUCACAUAGAAGUCUGCGAAGCCUUACUGGAAGCUGGCGCUAAAGUGGACGAAGCAGAUAACGAAGGCAAGGGUCCUCUUCUUCUGGCUGCGCAAGAAGGCCACUUAGACCUGGUGAAGCUGCUAAUAGACAAGGGCGGGGCACCAGUAGACCAAAGAGCUCACGAUGGAAAGACUGCGCUCAGACUAGCAGCUCUCGAAGGCCAAUUCGAGGCAGUCUCGUGCCUUCUGUCACGUGGGGCGGACGUGGACGCUGUUGAUGCGGACAGACGUAGUACGUUGUACGUACUCGCUUUGGAUAACCGAUUGGCCAUGGCGCGGCAAUUAUUGGCCGCUGGGGCUAGCGUUCAUUGCAGUGAUACAGAGGGUCGCACUCCAUUACACGUAUCCGCAUGGCAGGGGCACACAGAGAUGGUUAAUCUUCUCGUCAAAGUUGGUGGCGCUGAAGUAGACGGCCGUGAUCGUUGUGCCAGAACAGCUUUGCACGCAGCCGCUUGGAGAGGACGCACGGCCGCGUUACGUGCAUUGCUCAAGCAUGGGGCUUCACCCGCAGCUGUAUGUACUCAGGGCGCCACGCCCCUCGGUAUUGCAGCUCAAGAAGGCCACGAAGAGUGUGUGAUGUGGUUAUUACAACAUGGCGCUGAUCCGUUGCAAGCCGAUCACUGCGGUCGUACACCCGCCAAAGUAGCGUGGCGCGCGGGCCACGGUAACAUUUGUCGUCUUCUCGAAAAAUGGACGGCGCCCUCUGCGCCUGCGCAAAUACAUGACGACGAUUUAUUAGCACCGUUGAGAACCGCAUCUCCAGACUACAAACGUCGCAGCGUACACAGCUCCAACUCAACCAAGUCUUCAUCGAAUCUCACUGGAGGAUCGAACAGGUCUCACGAACAUGAAGAUACUGUGGAGAAGAGCCGAACAAACUCUUCUCUAACUUUCGCUCAACAAGUGGCGCGAUGCGGUUGGGGAAGGCGUGACUUGGACAGAGAUGAACCCAUACCAGAACAUCACGUCGUUGAAAACGAUCCUAAGUUGAGGAGCUACCAAGCCAACGAGCGUGACGUGACUCUUCGUGGGGGCGUGUCACGAUCUCGCGGUCGGGAGAUGCGUCACGGUGAUACUUCGCCGUUAUACGCUUCGCCGCCCCACUCGCCACAGAGGGAUAGAGAUGAUAGUUCCCAACCGCCAAGUCUGACGUCACAGCCUCUAGUGACAGAUACGCACUUCAACAGGGACACGCAUAUGCGAAUUAUUUUGGGCCGAGAAAGCAAACCCGAUAGGAAUGAGAGCAAAAACAAAAGGAAUGGAAUAGUAACUAAUCCGGCAAUGAGAUUGGUAGCCAAUGUGAGAAACGGUUUAGAUAAUGCAGCGGCGAAUAUUCGUCGAACUGGUGUGGCGAUAGCUGCAAGCGCCAGUUCAUCAAACCCAGCUGUUAAAACCAACGCUUUUCAAUGGAGAAAGGAAACGCCGCUCUAG